CACUAAUCUAAAGCUCACCAACUCUUCCAUGCGCCUGCAUAGCAUGUACAUGCUCUCUGCAAUGGAAAUCCGAGUACAAUAUAGUACAAGCGCGGCAGUGGCAAAAGAAGAAGAAGAUAUAUUGGUCACUCGUCAAAACUCUUCCCACUAAUACCUCCCGUCUGUGUCCCCGUUCCUGUUCCGCGCGAGAUGGACGCUAGCGGGAGUGUGAAGGAGGAAACGCAAACCAAACGUCACAAAGACCUCGACGGCUACCCUGACUCGAGACAAGGUACGACGGCCAACGCACAGAUCAGACAGGCAAACCCAUUGCGACUCGCCUCCAACGAGAUCCAGAGGCGCAAUGGGAGCUACUACAGUAGACCAGUAUGGUAGUAGUGGCAUUGAAAUGUUUUAGCACGUUUAGGACCCCAGCAGCCUUGACGAGUAUAACCCACCGUGCCUUAUAUCCCUCUUAUACCUUGUACGGUGCUACUACUUGCGCCAGCCACUCACUCGCGCUGACAAAAGAUCUGCUCCCUAGGUACUCCGUCUCAGCGGUAGAGAAACACGAUUCGAAACGGCACGAUACGACGCGGCACAAUUUAUACUCGCAUUAACAGGCUCUUGGCCUGAUCUCCAUACACACCCCGCACUAUUUUAUAUCAUACGCACCAAGAGCCGCCAUCCCUUGCCUCUGCCCUGCAGCAAAUGUGUCUCUCUCCCUCUCCAUGGGGAC